UGUAUACAGAACUGUCGCAAAAUGUCAAAAAAUACAUAUUUGCGUUUAAAUAUCCAUUACAAAUUAAUGGCAAUCGGGAGUAGUAGUUAAAUCUUCGUAAUUUUUAAAUAAAAUCGUGAAAAAAUACCUCAAACACGUAGAGGAUAGUUGCAAAAGUACAUGCAUUCGCGAGGUGUGACGAUUGUUUUGGGAAUUAAUAUAAAAAAGUGUAAAAAAUUAGUUUAAGCAGUGAAUAAGAUUAAUUGAAUUAUAGUUAUAAACAAUGGCUUUGUACGAUAAUCAGCACUGGCUUUUGUCACACAUCAGAGACAGUUUCAUAACUACGGACGAGACAGGAAUGUGCGAAAUGGUGAUGGGUGGAGAAGACAUUCCCAAAACUCUAAAAUCAAACGGAACACUGCAUUGCUACCCAGGAAUGGAAGAAAGUGACGAAGAGGAUUUGGAUGCAAUGGCAGAAUCCUAUGAUAUUUCUUUUGACAUGGAGUUCAGCCACAGACAACGUUCGAAUACUGCUCAACGAUUGGAAAAAAUGGACAUAGAAAGGAAAAAGGCUGCAAAAGUAAAACAUGUAAAGUGGGAAUAUAAUCCCGCAAAUAUCCCAACUGAGAAACAGCAGGAAUUGUUUCAGCGUAAGGAUUUUCGGAAAAAAGAAAGCAAGAAUAAGAGACAUUCUUUAUUGUCCGAACAGCUCGAGAAGUGCCCCAAACUUCCACAAAAUCCUUUCACUGACUACGCAAGAUUCGAUGGAAAUGCUCAAAUUGGAAUUCCAGUGCGUAGAUACAGAAUAUUUAUGUGCAUGCUGCCACAAGAAGAGAGAGCGUAUCCUCUUCAAGUUAUUGUCCUAACGAGUGCAAAAGUUCAGGAAUUUAUUGGAUUAAUUUGUUACAAGUACGCGAGUGAACAUCCUACUCACAGUCUCCAGAAAGAAAUCAGUCAAUAUGGUUUAUACAUCACAGAGGAUGACGGUGAGGUAGAUUGGGACUUUCCAUGUUUGGAUCCUCGAGAAACAAUAUCGAAAUUUGAAUUCACGACCCUGGGUUUGGUGGAAAUGAAACCGAGUGACAAAGCUAGACAUGUGACUGUCAGCACAGUUGCAACAAAAUGUGAGGAAGAGGAUAAAAAAGAUAAAGAACAAGAUGUAGUUGCUGAAGAUUUGGCGAAGAUGGAAGGCCACACGACUGCCAUGGAAGCACCACUUUAUCAACUAUAUAGGGUAUACAUAAUUAAUAAAGUACUAGCAAAGACUGAAAUACACCUUGGAAUAUCUGGUGAGAAAAUAGAAAUCGACUCAGUGAUAACCGGAAAAGGGGCAGGACGUUUUUGGAACAGACAGCGAGCAGUUAGUUAUCACAUUGAUAGAAUCGCCUGGUGUGAACUGACAGAAAGCAAAGGAUCAAAAACAAUGUUCACUUUGGUUUAUACUCCAAAUUCAUCCAGCAGCGACGGUUUCAUAGUUUCAUCGAGCCAUCCUCUUCAGCAAUCAGCUUCCUUCAAAAAUCACGAUUUUGAGGCUGACUCUGCGACAGCUGAAGAAAUAGUUCGAAAAAUAAAUCACAUUCUCGAACUCCGAAGCAGUUCAUCAAGAAAGGAAUUUUUAGCACAUCGAGAACGAAAAGCAGCGAGACGAAAAAGCUUUCAUCUACACAGAUGACAACUCUAUUCACUGGUACACUUGAUACUGGAAUUCUUGAAAAGUCUAAAAGCCACGGGAACGAAGUUGAAUGCCUGUUUUUCAUUAAACAUGGAAUAAAAUCUGGCAAACUGAAAGUAAUUCAGCUGACGGAACUAAGUUAGUCGUAUUUUGCUACUCCGUGUGUAAUAUAGGAACAUUCAAUAGCUGGUGCAGAAUUUUCUGCUUCUUUAUUUCAACGAUCGAAAUUAAAAACCUCUUUUUAUUUUACUUUUUUUUUAAUAUAUUUUGGAUCGAGACAUUUUAAGUGUGUUGUCCCUAAUUUAUCGUUAAAUUCUUGGUUUGUUUAAUAUCCAAGAAUUUCUUAGUUUAAUUGAAUUUCUUACAUUUUAAAAACUUCUGUUGUAAAUACAUAGUAUUCAACGAAGGUCAAGUUUGAGAAUGUAAGUCUGCGUUACCAAAGAUCUUUUAAUAAUACUGCUACGUGUAAUUAAUUUUAUGUAUUGUAAACCAGUUAAUGAAAAGUUUUAAUUUAGCGGAAAGUUGACGAAUUAUUCCAAUUUGGAAUGAAGUAUUGAUAUGCCACAUUUGACUAGAAUGAUCUGUUCAUGAAUCAUUAAAUAUAUUUUAAACAUUAA